AUGAGCUUUUCACGAUUCUUCUUCGCGAGUGGCGAGGAAGCUGAUCACUCGAGGAAAAGGAUCAAUGGCUACAACCUAUGGAUGAUGCUCUUCGUCUCACUUGGCUCACUCUGCUAUGGGUACACUGCCAAUGUCAUCAGCGCAACUCUUGCGCAGCCUACAUUCAUUACAUACUUCGACCUCGAUACACGAUCAGAUGCUACGGCACUGCUGUCAGCCACGAAUGGUAUUUUCCAGACUGGUGGCGUACUCGGAACCCUUACGCUGUCAUGGUGGAGCGACAGUUUUGGCAGAAAGGGCGGACUUGCCAUUAGCGUUUUGUUGAUCACGAUCUCUGGAGCUAUCCUGGCUGGCAGCACUGAUAUCGCCAUGUUCUUGGUCUUUCGAUUCUUCGCCGGUGCAGGAGCUUUCAUGAUCCUGACAGCAGUGCCCAUCUGGAUGGCCGAAGUUGUUUCACCAUACCUGCGUGGUGCCUUGGUCCAGCUUCAUGCCAUCAUGCUGGUGCUAGGAUACAACUUCGCCAGUUGGCUGGGGUACGGUAUCUACCACUGGAAGGACGGCGGAAACGCCACCUGGCUUGUGCCAUUCGCUGUACAGUGCGUCUGGCCACUUUGCUUACUGAGUGGCCUGUACUUCGUGCCAGAGUCUCCUCGGUGGCUGAUCCUCAACGGACGCCGCGAAGAAGCGGAGAAGAUACUCUGCAAGCUGCAUGACGAUCCCGCCGACUCAACCAACUCUUAUGCCCACGCGGAGUACCUUCAGAUCACCAAGCAGCUCGAUGUCGAUAGAACACUCCCUAGCGGAUGGUUGCACAUAUUCCAAAAGACAUCACUUCGAAAGCGUGCUCUCAUCACUAUUGGUACUACUGGUGCCAUCCAGUGCUCAGGCAUACUGGUCAUCAACAACUACGGCCCCAUGCUGUACAGUAACCUGGGAUUCAACACUGAGACGACACUACUAUAUGGUGCAGCUUGGCUGACAUUGGCCUUGGGCCUGAACCUAUGUGUAAUGCUCCUCAACGACCACUUCCCACGUAACAAGUUCAUGGCCAUCGGCGUCCUCGGCUGCAUGAUCGUGCUGAGUGCCGAAGCUGGAAUCAUCGCUCAAUGGCUCGGCACCACGAAUCUCGCCGCUAUGCGGGCCGGUGUUGCUAUGUUGUUCUUAAUCGAGCUCCCCUACGACUUCUUCCUCAACGGGAUGCAGUUCAUCUACAUUUCGGAAAUAUGGCCCAUGCAUCUCCGAGCGAAGGGCAUGUCCCUAGGUGUGGCAAUGACCUCGUUCAUGAACAUUGUUUGGCUGCAGUCCGCUCCCACUGCCAUGGCGAAUAUAGGCUGGAAGUACUAUCUUGCAUUCAUCAUCCCAGGCACUAUCGGAGCGGUCGUCAUGUGGAUCUACUGCCCCGAUACCCUCGGCAAACCACUUGAGGAGACAGCGGCACUCUUUGGUGACCAGGAUGAGGUCGCAGCGUACAUGCGUAACAUCGCUACCGACGACCCCGAAACGGGCACAUCAGGAAAGACAGAAGAGCAAACCUUUACGAUUGAGAAAAUAGAAUAA